AUGAACUCUGACUGCUGCAAGCCUUCUCCGCCCGGCCUACUCAGCCCUCACUCCCCACUGAUGUCUUCGUCACGGGGUCCCAAGCCAUCUGUCGCCCCUAAACCCAAGAAACUCUUCCAGAACGGGACGCCAACACCGCUCCGGCAAGGAUACGCCAACGGCAGCUUGAAAUGCGUCUUUUUUGACAAGGGAAAUGGUCUAAAAACGCAAGAUGUGGUGCAUAUAGUGUUGAAGAGCGACGACGGUAACCACAUCGACGAGGAUUGGAGGUUGAGUACUCUGACGGAAAAGACUGAUUCAUUGGAGACUUUGGACACGGUUGAGGAAAUGCCGCAGAGAAGGCCUGUCAAACAGUUUCCCUUCACAGAGUAUUACGAGCGCUCGAAUAGGAAAAGGGCGACAGUGAACGAUACGGACGGAUAUGUGGACAUGAGCAGUUUGCCGGGGUUUGAGAAGAAAAUGCAACCAAUGCAGGAUGAAACGGAAAGUGCGUACACAGAGGCGUACAACGUGUGUCCUGUGGCUGUGGCUCCGGUCCGAGACGAAGACCAGGGACGCACUUCAGAGGAGGACUGCGUCUACGAGAGACAGCCUGACGGUCACUCCAGAGCAUAUUACGUGGCCAAAGAGCUGCUGGACACAGAGAGAAAACACAUCAAAGUCCUCAAGCUUCUUCAUGAAGACUUCCGUGAGGCGGUGAUGUCGGUGGUGGAUGCAGAGAUGAAGCCGGUGAUGGAGGAGGACAGACUCAGGGAGAUUCUCAUCGAGUUACCGGACGUUUACAACCUCCACCGCAGAAUCCUGUGUGAGCUGGAGGGACGCGUCAGGCUGUGGAGCGACAGUCAGAAGAUGGCGGACAUCUUCUUGUCGCGGAAGUCCGAGUUCUUGGUGUUCACCACGUUCAUUGGACAUUACGACCGCAGCGUGGCUCUGCUGGAGGAGAGCUGCCGGACCUCACCCAGGCUCUGCGCUGUGGUCCAGGACUUCGAGAAUCGUGUAAAGUCGUCGUUGAAGCACCAGCUGCUGCAGGUGGUCGUCCGCGUGGCUCAGUACAGGAUGCUUCUCACCGAUUACCUCAACAACCUGUCCCCCGACUCCCAGGAAUAUGAGGACACCCAGGCUGCUGUGACGAUCGUGUCCGACAUCGCGUAUCAGGCUAACGACAGCUUGGAGAACGGGGAAAACUUGUUACGUCUGGUGAACAUCGACUACAGCGUGAGGGGCCAGAGUGACCUGCUGCAGCCGGGACGGGUGUUCAUAAAGGAGGGCACGCUAAUGAAAGUCAGCCGCAAAAGUCGGCAGCCUCGUCAUCUGUUUUUGAUGAAUGACAUUCUCCUUUACACAUUCCCUCAACAAGAUGGAAAAUACAGGCUGAAGAACACGCUCUCUCUCGAUGGACUCAAGGUGACUAAACCCAUUGUGGAUGAAGUUCAAAACGCUCUGAGGAUUGACUCAGAGGAGCUCUCCAUCACGCUGUCUGCGAGUUCGUUGGUGGAGAGGGAGGAGUGGUUCUUGACUCUGAGUCACACAGUCAGUGAACACGCCCGAGCUCCAACCGACUUCUUCUCUUCCUUUAUCUACCCAUCUGUCAACCAAAUCUCCACCUACAUCCACAAAUCCAAGUCCUCCUCCUAUCAACUUGACAAGUAUAGGAUCAAUGUGCUCGAGUACCAGAUCGGAAAAUUGAGAGAGGAAUGUGCGAGGACCCACAUCACCAGAGAGGAGCAGACGACAUCUCAGCAGCAGGAGAGAAAGCAACAGGAAAAGAGUCAGGCCUGUGCUGCUAAGCUCCUCUCUGAGAUGAAACAAGACUUCAACAGUGUUAAUGAAGAGGUUUGUGACAUUCUCAAAGACUGUGUGGUCAAAACGAGGGAACUUCCAUACAAAGCUGAGAAGCUAAUGGAGAAAGUUGUGGCACAAGAACAGCUACUCGAGAAGCUGCAGCAGUCGUUUUUGAUAAGGGACCAAUUCAUUGCGACAAGCAAAAGCAAAAGGUUAGAACUCGAGGAAGAGGUUAACACUUUGAGGGGCCGUAACACUUCUCUCACAGCAGAGAUGGCCCUCAAGGAUCAGGGGCACGUGGAGGAAAGGACCAAAAUAACCAAAGACUGUACCUUAAAGGUCACAGCUCUUCAGGAGCAGAUGGAAGGGCUGCAGCAGUCCUUAAUAAAUAAGGACCAAAUUAUUGCAGCAAAUCAAAGUAGAACAUUAGAACUGGAGCUAGACAGGGAAACUUUGAGUGACCGUAUCACCUCUCUCACAGCAGAGAUGGUCCACAAAGAUCAGUUGUAUGUGGAGGAAAAGGCCAAAAUAUCAAAGGAUUGUACCUUAAAGGUCAGAGCUCUUCAGGAGCAGAUGGAGGGGCUGCAGCAGUCCUCAAGAGAAAAGGAUGAAAUGAUUUCAUCAACUCAAAGUAGAAUGUUAGAACUCGAAAAUAACAUUAAGGCUGAGGUAGAGUCACUAAACCUGGCCACAGAACUUCCCUUUGCGAAUACAGAUGAACUGGAGGAUAAUCCGACUGUAGAUUUACUCAGAGUUCAUAUUCACAAACUCCAGAAAGACAUGAAGACUUUGAGAGACCGUAACAGCUCUCUCCAGGCAGAGAUGGUUUUCAAGGAGCAGUCCUCUGUGGAGGAAAUUACCAAAAAAUCCAAAGAGUUUAUAUUGGAGAGAAGCAACCUUAAGGACCAGAUAAAGGAGCUGCAUCAGUGCCGACUAGAAAAGGACCAAACAAUUUGUGAGUUGAGUACAAAGUUGGAGUAUCAAAACUAUCAGCUCACAGAACUGGAGGAUAGUCCGGUUGUAGUCUCACUGAGAGAAUGUAUUCACAAACUCGAGAUGGAUGUCAACACUUUGAGUGACCGUAACAUCUCUCUCACAGCAGAGAUGGUCCACAAGGAUCAGUUGUAUGUGGAGGAAAUGACCAAAAUAUCCAACGACUGUAUCUCUAAGGUGAGUAUGCUUCAGGAGCAGAUGGAAGGGCUGCAGGAGUCCUUAAUAAAUAAGGACCAAAUUAUUGCAGCAAAUCAAAGUAGAACGUUAGAACUGGAGCUAGACAGGGAAACUUUGAGUGACCGUAUCACCUCUCUCACAGCAGAGAUGGUCCACAAAGAUCAGUUGUAUGUGGAGGAAAAGGCCAAAAUAUCAAAGGAUUGUACCUUAAAGGUCAGAGCUCUUCAGGAGCAGAUGGAGGGGCUGCAGCAGUCCUCAAGAGAAAAGGAUGAAAUGAUUGCAUCAACUCAAAGUAGAAUGUUAGAACUCGAAAAUAACAUUAAGGCUGAGGUAGAGUCACUAAACCUGGCCACAGAACUUCCCUUUGCGAAUACAGAUGAACUGGAGGAUAAUCCGACUGUAGAUUUACUCAGAGUUCAUAUUCACAAACUCCAGAAAGACAUGAAGACUUUGAGAGACCGUAACAGCUCUCUCCAGGCAGAGAUGGUCUUCAAGGAUCAGUCCUCUGUGGAGGAAAUUACCAAAAUAACCAAAGACUACACCUUAAAGGUCAGUUCUCUUCAGGAGCAGAUGGAGGGGCUGCAGCAGUCCUUGAUAGAUAAAGACAAAAUUAUUACGACAAAUCAAAGUCUGAUGUCAGACUUUGAGAUUUACAGGAAAGCUUUGCAGGACCGUAUCACCUCUCUCACAGCAGAGAUGGUUUUCAAGGAUCAGUCAUACCAGGAGGAAAAUACCAAGAAGGAUCUGGAAAAUGAGUCUUUCUUUGAUGCCCUGGACUUUGUUUCUGAGGAGAAAGGUGUGGAAACAUCUGCUUACAGAACAAUAGGCAAAUAUCUCAUCAGGGGACUCAUCGGGUUGAGUGCAGUGACUGUGUCUGCCACCGGGGGCUUCCUUCUCGGCCGUUCGGUCUGGAGUGAAGAUGCGUGCUGUUACUGUGGCUUUGAUGAGACUCCUGCUUUCUUCUAA